AUGCACUGCACAGUUUCACGGGCACGGCGCCGCGGUCCGACCGGCACGCGGCCCCUCCGUCGUCGCCGCGGCCGCGUGUGCACGAAAACCGUUAGCUCGCCGUGGUUUCGCUGGAUACCCUACCCUUACGCUAGUGGCUACGACUCCGCACGUCUGGGGCGCCCGUCGACGCCGACUAGGAAGAGAUUAUCCCCGGUCGAUGCACGGCACAGUUUCACGGGCACGGCGCCGCGGUCCGACCGGCACGCGGCCCCUCCGUCGUGGCCGCGGCCGCGUGUGCACGAAACCGUACGCUCGGCUGUGGUUUCGCUAGAUACCCGACCCGGCCCGGGUGCCUACGACUCGCACGGCUGGGGCGCCCGUCCGACGCCGACUAGGAAGAGAUUAUCCCCGGUCGAUGCACGGCACAGUUUCACGGGCACGGCGCCGCGGUCCGACCGGCACGCGGCCCCUCCGUCGUCGCCGCGGCCGCGUGUGCACGAAACCGUACGCUCGGCCGUGGUUUCGCUGGAUACCCGACCCGGACCGAGUGGCUACGACUCGCACGGCUGGGGCGCCCGUCCGACGCCGACUAGGAAGAGAUUAUCCCCGGUCGAUGCACGGCACAGUUUCACGGGCACGGCGCCGCGGUCCGACCGGCACGCGGCCCCUCCGUCGUCGCCGCGGCCGCGUGUGCACGAAACCGUACGCUCGGCUGUGGUUUCGCUAGAUACCCGACCCGGCCCGGGUGCCUACGACUCGCACGGCUGGGGCGCCCGUCCGACGCCGACUAGGAAGAGAUUAUCCCCGGUCGAUGCACGGCACAGUUUCACGGGCACGGCGCCGCGGUCCGACCGGCACGCGGCCCCUCCGUCGUCGCCGCGGCCGCGUGUGCACGAAACCGUACGCUCGGCUGUGGUUUCGCUAGACACCCGACCCGGCCCGGGUGCCUACGACUCGCACGGCUGGGGCGCCCGUCCGACGCCGACUAGGAAGAGAUUAUCCCCGGUCGAUGCACGGCACAGUUUCACGGGCACGGCGCCGCGGUCCGACCGGCACGCGGCCCCUCCGUCGUCGCCGCGGCCGCGUGUGCACGAAACCGUACGCUCGGCUGUGGUUUCGCUAGAUACCCGACCCGGCCCGGGUGCCUACGACUCGCACGGCUGGGGCGCCCGUCCGACGCCGACUAGGAAGAGAUUAUCCCCGGUCGAUGCACGGCACAGUUUCACGGGCACGGCGCCGCGGUCCGACCGGCACGCGGCCCCUCCGUCGUCGCCGCGGCCGCGUGUGCACGAAACCGUACGCUCGGCUGUGGUUUCGCUAGAUACCCGACCCGGCCCGGGUGCCUACGACUCGCACGGCUGGGGCGCCCGUCCGACGCCGACUAGGAAGAGAUUAUCCCCGGUCGAUGCACGGCACAGUUUCACGGGCACGGCGCCGCGGUCCGACCGGCACGCGGCCCCUCCGUCGUCGCCGCGGCCGCGUGUGCACGAAACCGACUUAACCUAA